AUGCGUUCAUUAUUUAGCCGUCAUGCGGCCCAUUUUCUUCUUCUCCUUUCUCUCUUUUCUUUGGCUGUGGCCGUGCCUUGCAAGGACAGCACUCGACCUACAUAUGAAGUAUACCACUCUGUAAAUGGAGCCCAGCACACUGCCAGAGCCUCCCAACUCACACAGCAAGGCUACCGCAUCAUCUCUCUCAGCGCGUAUGGAGAGCCCGAGAAUGCCCAGUUUGCCGCCGUUUGGGUUCGACGGGAUGGCCCCGCCUUCGAGAUGGCGCAGGGUCUCGACGCAAAGUCGUUCGAAAAUUGGUGGACGGCCUGGCAGGCCAAGGGCUACGUCGCGACCCAUGUCUCCGCGACUGGGCCGGCUGAACGUGCCACUUUCGCCGGUGUCAUGGAGCAGAUCUCGGGCGCGCCAUUCUGGGCACUGACUUGCGAUCUGACAAACCCCUAUGCCUUCCAGAACGCAACCGUCGGGCACUCCAUGAUUGUAAAGAGUUUCCGGAUGUAUGGCACCCCCCAGAACCGCGGUUAUUGCGUACUCGGCCACGAGAAUGUCGGCAACGUCUUCAAUACCGUGUAUUACACCACACCGUCUUACAACAUUGACUUUGGAGAGGUGUACCAAGCCGAGCUGUCGAAGCGUUUCUGGCGCCCCUCGCACCUGUUCGUCUCGGAGGACCAUAUCAUUACGCCCGUCUUUACAGACACCAACAUCGGCUCUUGGAGUUCCUUCGCCUCUCUUUCCGCUUCCGCUUUGGAUGCUGAGAUCUUGGCGCAGAAGACGAAUGGCCUUCACCCCAUCCAUGUGCAGGGGGCAGGUUCCGGCGUCGACACUCGCUUUACGGCCAUCUUCGCUAAGACGGAUCUAUCCGAGCAGCGCACAUGGACCGCCAAGGGGUCUGUUGAUGGGUUUGCUAACAACGAGCAGGCCAAGAGCAAUAUGGACUCCCUUUUCCGUCAAUGGAUGCAGAGGAAUGGGGUCCGCCAAGCCCAGUUCGCCGUUUCCAAGAAUGGCACCAUCGUCACGGAGCGUUCCUUUACCUUUGCCGAGCCCAGUCGCGCCCGAGUCGAGCCGGACGACAAGUUCUUCCUGAGUAGCGUUUCAAAGAUGUUUGUCAAUGCCGCCAUUGUUAACCUAGUACAGACCGGACGCCUCAAUUACUCUACCCCGGCAUACCCUUUGCUUGGCUUUCAUCAGUAUGGGGAUGCACGCACCGCCAACAUCACGGUCAAGCAUCUUCUCGAGCACAGGGCUGGAUAUGACCGCGACAAGUCUGGCGACCCGGCUUUCCAGUUUCGGAUGGUCGCCUUGGACUUGCUGCAAGGCAGCCGGACGGCAACCAUAAAGGACGUUAUUGACUGGGCUAUUGGGAGGCCGCUCGACUUUGCGCCCGAUGCAUCUUACGCAUAUUCCAACUAUGGAACAAUGGUUCUUAGCUACAUUGUUGAAAAGGUCUCCGGGAUGGAAUAUCUGGAGUUUCUCCAGAAGAAUCUUUUGAACGGUCUGGAUAUCGCGUUGUACAAGGAUGGCGCAGCAGCCCACGCGAGUGAUCGUAUCUCGCAAGAAACCAGGGUCAUCGGAUAUGAUGCGCUCCAUCCCUUGUCGACUCAACGAAUUUCAGGCGUUUAUGGAGGAGGAGGCGACAUCAAGAAGCAGACCAUGGGUGCAUUUUCUUUGGCGGGCAGCGCAAGCUCCAUUGCCAAGUUUGUCGGAUCACACGCUGCAUAUGGGUAUGGCGAUCGGCAGACAAGUCGCCGUGACGGGAGCGUCAACGGUGCUCGCGCUUGGGUGCAGAGUGACAAAGAGUUGGACUGGGCUGUCACUCUUAAUACCAGGGAUUUCUUGUCAGACUGGGAGUGGGAUAAUUUGGUCAAUUACCAAGUCCCGAGUCUCUUCUGGACGUAUUAG